UUUAUUUUGAAAAAAACUGAAGACAGCUUUUGAAAUUCGUGACCAUUGUUCUAAGCUAUUCGUUAAUGUUUCUGCUAACAAGAAUUUUCUUUUUUCCCGCUUCAAAAAACAAAAAUUACACUUUUUAAUUCAAUUAUUAUAGACAUGGCAUCCGAUCAGGAAAUGCUAGCUAGAAUUGCUCAAAAAGCAUUACUCAACCAUUCUCAACAACCACAACAUUAUAACCCCAGUAUACCCCGUGGUGGCCGCUCGAGAGGCAGAGGUCUCGGAUAUCGUGGCCGAGGUGGCAUGCAUUUGUCUCUUGUCAACGAUAAUCGAUGGUCUAAUCCGAAUAGCCCACUUCGUUCCAACACCCCACCUACUAAUUUAUUCUUAGCAAACUCGCCGAGUUCGAUACCCCAACAUGCAUCUUCGCUUGCUUUGUCAUCUGCAACAGGUUCCACAAGUCAUAAUACCUCUUCCCCGUCGGGUUCAUUGUUGACAACGAGUGCUAGCUCACCAGCCCUCAAUAAGAUACCAACUUCUGCCAUUCCGGUAGUAGCGAAGAAUUCCAGUACUGAUAUAAAAAACGAAUAUGUUAUUAGCGGAAGAAAAUUAUUUCGAAAAGACUUGAUGAACAGAUCACCCAUAGUGAAGCCAUCAAAACUGUAUCAACAUAAUCGUCCAACAGAAAGUGUUAUCAGAAGCUCAUCACCAGCAGCAGCAGCAGCAGCAGCCCAAAAACCGCUUAGACGAGGAUUGAAUGGCGGCCCUAACAAAGUAUUUAUUCGUCAGCCCGAGGGUUAUGUUCGUCAAGGUCGUUCCGGCCGGUCACUCGUACUGAAUGCUCAUAAAAGUGCCUUACGAAGACGAAAACCGCGUUAUUGUGGGUUCUACACUCGAUUCGGUCGAUGUCCGAACGCAGCUCGGUGUCCAUUUGUCCAUGAUCCUAAACGAAAAGCCAUUUGUCCUCGUUUUUUAGCAAAUCGGUGUAAGAAACCUGCCCAUCUCUGUAAAUUGUCCCAUUAUCCCAAUCCCCAUAUCAUGCCCCACUGUGUUUAUCUUCAAAGGGAUCUUUGCCAGCAAUGUUGCGGGUGUCGUCCGUUUGGGCACAUGGGUAAGUGCAGAUUAUUUUAUGCUCAAAAAAAGGCGCAGCGUGAAAAGAAAGAAGCCCGAAUUGAAAAAAAGGAAGAGAAAAAAGCGGCCAUGAAAGAAGCAAUAGCGGCUAGGUUUACUUGGACCAAUCCUCUUUUGGAAGAAAAACGAAAAGCCGAGCAGAGAGAAAAGGAAGAAGCAGAAGGGUUUGUACGCUUAUUGGAUGAUAGUGAUGACGACGAUGGAUGGAGUCAGUAUGAGCGAAUCGAUAGUGGCGAUGAAGAUUUGAGAUUCAACGACGAUGAACAAGACACAGAAAUAGACGAUCUAGAAGACGGAGAACUGGACAUCGAUAUGGAGGAAAACGAGGAAAUCGUAACAAAUGAAGAUGCUGAAACUUCCGCUUCUGCAAAAAAUAUAGAUAGUAGCGAGGUUGAAGUUAGACAUAAUAAUUUUGUACAAUCAAGAGGUGGAGAUAGUUUAGAAGAGGGGGAGUUAUUAGAAUAUGAAGGAGAUAAGAUCAUGGUAGGUUCUAUAGAACCUAUGAAUGAUAUAUAUGGGCAAAAUCCUGCAGUUGUGCCCGCAGGGAAUGCUAAUGUUAAUCAACAAGCAAGCGACGAUGAAUUCUUUGACGCACUAAUGAAUUCGAUGGGUGAGAAGGUGAGAUAAUUGUUCUACAAUUGAUAUUUGGCAGGAAAAAAUGUGAAUAUUGAGAAAAUGAUCAUGUAUAAAAUGUAGUUUUUUUUUCGCCAUUACUGUUACAUCAUAGAAUGAUUUGUUGAAUAUCAGUUAUAACGAAUAAAAUUGAAUCCUAUGUGAAAUUUGUCUGUGG